GCUGCUCCAGUCAAAAGCACGAGCUCUUCCACAUGCAUCCCACACUCGCUCUCACACGCUCACGGACACGCACACACACAUACACACACACACCUCAGAGUGUCUGUUGUGGAGAAGGCGCUGAUUCUCAGGCUGCACGGAUCCUCCACGCGUGGACCGCUCACAGAGAAGACGUGUUUUUUUUUUACGUUUAAACCCAGGAGUGCAGCACCUCUGUAUUUCAACCAUCUGUGACUUCUGUUUUUAGAGCAGUGACCACUUCACACCGACAGCUCCUCACACAGGGGAUCCGAGCGCCGUGUGCGCAACGUUACGCAGGGACGCGCUGUUUGGAACCCGGAGCUUGACGCGCGUUGGAGCCGCUAUUUAAGACUCUCCAGGAGCGCAGGAAGUCAAGGCUGAAGCCUCCACAGCUGCCGUGGAGCCGUCAGUGUCUGAUCCAGGAGUUUGUCCGUUUUCUGCCUGCGCUUCUUGAAUGAAAUCCGGCGCCACGUCGUUUCAUUGAAUGGACAAAUUAGAUCUAAAAAACCGAGAAGUUCCUCAGUGACAUGUAGCUGUUACAGCUCCCUCCUCCUGUGGGAUUAUCACUGAAUUCAUUUGGACUCUGAUCCCAAAGGGGUCUGGAUUUUUAAUUCCCUGUUUGUCCAUCCUUGACUUUCUUAUCUUAAAAGAAAACAGUUGUGUGGAAACCCGAGGAAAAAAACAACUUCCAAGAUGGAUUUUGUGCCAUCGCUGGUUGGAUUUUUGUUGGCAUUAAUGGGUCAUCUGGCGCUGAGGGUCAGAGGAGAAGAGGCAUCACCGUGUGGAGGCAUGCUGGAUGCCAAUGAGGCGGGUUACAUCACCUCUCCUGGUUACCCCCUGGAGUACCCCCCACACCAGAACUGUCACUGGGUCAUCACCGCACCAGAGCCCUCACAGCGCAUCGUCCUCAACUUCAACCCACACUUUGNNNCUGAACGUGUUCCCUGCAGGUACGACUACAUCGAGAUCCGGGACGGGACUUCAGAAACUGCUGACGUUCUGGGUCGACACUGCAGCAACAUCGCUCCUGCGCCCAUCAUCUCCUCUGGCCCCUCCCUUCAGAUCAGAUUUGUGUCUGACUACGCCCACCAGGGGGCAGGAUUCUCGCUUCGCUAUGAAAUCUUCAAAACCGGGUCGGAAUUCUGCUUCCGUAAUUUCACCAGCUCCUCUGGAAUGAUCGAGUCACCGGGGUUUCCGGAUAAAUACCCCCACAAUCUGGAGUGUUCCUACAUGAUCAUUGCACCGCCUCGCAUGGACAUCACCCUCACCUUCCUUACCUUCGACCUGGAGAAUGACCCCCUACUGGUGGGAGAAGGAGACUGCAAGUACGACUGGUUGGACGUUUGGGACGGUCUGCCACAAGUGUCUCCUCUGAUUGGACGCUACUGUGGGACCAAGAUCCCUCCAGAGAUCCAGUCGUCCUCCGGCCUGCUGUCCCUCUCCUUCCACACGGACAUGGCCGUGGCCAAGGACGGCUUCUCUGCCCGCUACAACAUGACGCACAAAGAAGUCAGCGACUCCUUCCACUGCAGCAUGGCUCUGGGGAUGGAGUCGGGAAAGAUCAGCGAUGACCAGAUCAGCGCCUCAACUACAUUCUACGACAGCCGCUGGCUGCCACGACAGGCACGCCUCAACAACAACGACAACGCCUGGACACCGGCGGAGGACAGCAACAAAGAGUACAUCCAGGUUGACCUCCAAUUCCUGAAGGUGCUGACGGGCAUUGCCACACAAGGAGCCGUUUCUAAGGAGACGCAGAAGUCCUACUAUGUCACCACCUUCAAACUGGAGGUCAGCACCAACGGGGAGGACUGGAUGGUCUACAGACACGGAAAGAACCACAAGAUUUUCCACGCCAACACUGACCCAGCUGAGGUUGUUCUCAACCGAGUCCCACAGCCGGUUCUGGCCCGGUUUGUUCGCAUCCGACCACAGACCUGGAGAAACGGCAUCGCCCUGCGCUUUGAGCUCUACGGCUGUCAGAUCACAGAUGCUCCAUGUUCAGACCUGCAGGGUCUCCUCUCCGGCCUGUUACCUGAUGCACAGAUCUCAGCCUCCUCCAGCAGGGACAUGGUGUGGAAUCCCAGUACUGCUCGUCUGGUGGCCAGUCGCUCCGGUUGGUUCCCAGGCCCCGCGCAACCUCUGUCUGGGGAGGAGUGGCUGCAGGUGGAUCUCGGCGUUCCUAAAACGGUGCGUGGUGUCAUCACUCAAGGAGCCAGGGGAGGAGAUGCCGGGAGUGGAGCCACCACUGAUAACCGGGCAUUUGUUCGGAAGUACAAAGUGGCUUACAGCCUGAAUGGAAAAGAAUGGAAUUUCAUAAUGGACAGCAAGACAAGUCUUGCCAAGAUUUUCGAGGGGAACACGCACUACGACACACCAGAACUACGGCACUUUGAGGAGACGGUGGCACAGUACAUUAGGCUGUAUCCGGAACGCUGGUCUCCUGCAGGGAUCGGGAUGAGGGUGGAAAUUCUAGGCUGUGACCUUCCAGAAAUCACCACCCCGGCUGGCACCGUCACGCCAACUCUACCCGCCGACUUGGAGACCACCACUGUUCCCGUGUCAACCACAGUCUCCACCUCUCCUGCGGCGGACAGCGCCUGUGACUUUGACCACGGCCUGUGUGGGUGGACCCACGACCCCACUGCCCCCCUCUUCUGGUCUCUUCACAGCCACGAGCUCAACAGCUACCUCUACAUGGACGCCAGCCUCAAGACAGAGCAGCAGCGGGCUCGCCUCCUCGGCCCCGUGGUGCCGGCAGAAACCGGACCUCUCUGCCUCCUCUUUUCCUACCAGCUGUGGGGCGAGGCCCAGGGCCACCUCAGGGUUCUACUGCGAGACGCCCACAACGAGGAGACUCUGCUCUGGACGCUGAAGGAUGACCAGGGUCCAGUUUGGAAGGAGGGUCGCACCAUCCUGCCACGGUCUCCAAAAGAUUUCCAGGUUGUGAUGGAGGGUUUCUUUGCACACGGCACCAGGGGACAUAUCUGGAUAGACAACGUCCACAUGAGCUCCAGCACCCCACUGAAGGAGUGCACCCAACCCUUCACUGCGUUUCCUCCUGAGAAUCCAGUGAGGAGACCCAACAAAGUAGGAGACGGACGUCUUUUCAGUGGCAGAGACCCUCUAGGAGGAGGUUUACAGUUCCCAGAGAACACUGCCUCUCCGUCAUCUGAGCCUCCGGUGACCAGCGUCUCAGAGAAGGACAACUCGUGGCUCUACACCCUGGACCCCAUCCUGGUGACCAUCAUCGUCAUGAGCUCACUGGGUGUCCUGCUGGGUGCCAUCUGCGCCGGCCUCCUCCUGUACUGCACCUGCUCCUACAGCGGCCUGUCGUCCCGCUCCUCCACCACCCUGGAGAACUACAACUUUGAGCUGUAUGACGGCCUGAAGCACAAAGUCAAACUGAACCAGCAGCGCUGUUGCACCGAGGCCUGAGGGGGGAGACGGGAGACGGGAGACCGAGGCUCUCACUGGUUUUCUUCAUUUCCUCCGGUUCACUUUAGUGUCAGUUUACUUUCUGGAUGGUGCAGAUUCCUGGACAGUGGGAAGCCUGUUUCCUGUUUGGGAAAACUCCACUCAACACUGUCUGGUGAUGUUUUUGUGGUGAAAGAGCCAAUAAGAGAGAGAGAGCGAGAGAGAGAGAGAGAGAGAGACUAUGGCUCUGACCCACACAAGCUGUUCCAUACUAAUAUCUACACAUAUCAAUGACAGACCAGGACAGACCUGUUCACCACAUCAUCACAGACUCAUCAGAGGUUCAGUGUUGAACCUGGAUACUGUAAGCUACACCUACUGGCUCUACAAACACAUUGUGGCGUCAGUCAGUCAGAACGGUGGUAGGUUAGGAAAACGUGCUUAGAAAGCCUUGUCAAUUUUUUCCAUCACGUGUAAACCCCGUGGCCUAGAACGUAGCUCCUCCGCGUGGCACGUUGACUUUCUCCUCCUGGUUCUGUUUUAGACUGGGCUCCUGCUGCCGAUCAGCCCAGCUUUUCCUCUUAGUUCCCGACAGUCUGUGGUAUUUUUAGUGGACUGACGUCUCUCCAGCUUGUCUUUACUGUUCAAUGUUUUUGUUCUGACCUUUUGCCAAGUCAGAGACAGCAGAUACAUAGGAGAGGAGGAGAAGAAGAAGAAGAAGAAAAAAAAAGCAGGAGUCAAGAAAAUGUAUGUGAGUAGACGUAGGGUUGGGACGGCGGGAGGAUUUUGAAGCACGUCGUUCUAAUGACGGAGAGAUGUUUAUGUUAUAUUUAGUUGUCAGAGGCUGUUGUUACUGGUUCCUGUCAACGUGAAAGGUCAUGUUUACAUUGUGGUUUAUGCUAAAAGGUCAAGGAGCUUUGAUCGCUGCAACCUAUGGAUUGCUGGUUAGAGCAGAAACUUUGGCAUAGAAGAAACAGAGAGAGAGAGAGAGAGAGAGAGAGAGAGAGACUAUGAUUACCACAGCACUAAAAUCCUCUCGUUCUCUUCCCCUGGAGAAUAUUCUCUAUUUUCGCAAGGACAAGACGAUAAAAAAAACAUGGGAUCAAAAACAAAUGCACAGCAGGAAACACUGUCCUCCGACGUUUGACAGACUGACGGAGUGUGUGGACGAGAGACACACUCGUGCACACACAUACACAAGCCUUAAAAACAAGGGGAAAUGGAAACGCGUGACACUGAGGAAACACUGAGACUGGAGACGAGAGGACCUCUCUCUGCCUCUCUCUCUCUCUUUUUUUUUCCUUUUUUUUUUUUUUUUUACAUGUGGACCUCAAAAGCCAUGAUAGAAAGGACCUAACCCCUUCUCCACCCCCAAGAAUGGUGACAAGCAUCGACACACACACACACACACACACACGUAAUCCCACCCACCAUCCACCUCCAGCCUGAAGAAUCUUCAGAGGAGGACGUGUUUUAAAAAACAGUCAAAAUCUCAGCAUUGACUGCAAAUGGGCAACAAGCCACAAGGCAGGAAGUUGCACACGUGCACACAAACAUGCACAUGCACUCAUUGUGUCACUGGCGUAUAUACAGAUGUGUAAACAAAACACGCCUCCUCUCAAACAUGUCAGAAUUUGGACAAACACUGAAAAGACCAACAAAAUGAAGGAAGUAUCUGCUGCUGCUGAUGAGAGAGGUUU